UGGAGAAAGAACUCUGAGAUGUUCCCAAAACGUUUGGAGAAGGCCAAAGAGCAACUGGCUGAGUCAGAGCUAUGGAAACUGAAGCAGCAUUUCAAGAACAUGGUGGAAAGCCGCAAGGCCAUUGACCUGCACUCCCAGAAGGUCAACCUGAACCAGCAGAAGGAAAUCAAGAGCCUGCAGGAAGAGAAGGAUGAAAUCACCCUACUUUUGAGCCUCCUCAAGUCCUCCCGAAAUAUGCGACUGAAUGAGAAAAACUACACGGAUCUGCAUUUCCUACUGCAAACCAAAGAGGACUACGAGGGCCUCAUCAAAUCCAUGAAGGCCCUCUUGGAGGAACUGAACCAGAAGAUUGCUGAGACAGAAAAAAAAAUUCUCAGCCACAAACAAACCUUCGCAAAGCUGCAGGAGGCCAAUAAUCCCCAGAAACUCCAGAAGCAGAUUCACACAUUGGAGGCCCGUUUAAAUCUUGUCACCACCAAUUUUGACAAGAUGCUGACUGCCAAUGCAAAGCUCCGGGAGGAGAUUGACAACCUCCGAUGUGAGAAGGCCUCAUAUGACCAUGUCUACCAGGAACUUAGAAAGCGCCUGUUGGUGCAGAAGAGAACCAUGUACUCUGCCAUUGAGCUCUCUUCUCAGGCCUAUAAACAGAGGCUGGAAGCCUUAGCUCGGAUGACUGCCAUGAAGGACCGUCAGCAGAAGGAAGUCAUCCAGCACAGCCUGGAAAUCAAAGAGCUAGCGCGUAUCUACAACCAUGAGGCCAAGCUCAAAUCCUUCCUGUUCAUUAAGCUGAACGAUCGCCUGGAAUUUGAGGAACAGGCCAGAGAAAAAGCAGCUCUCAAGGCAAAGAAGUCUCGAAAGAAGAGAAAGGGCGAGAGUUUUGAGAGCUGGGAGAUGGCCUACUUCCGGUUACUGAAGUUAACCAAGAAUGGAAACCUGGAUCAACUUGUUAAUCACUUCCUGGCCAGAGAGGAGAGGAACUUCGCUCGCUUCAUGUAUGUCGCCGAGCUCAACAAUGAAAUGGAGAUGAUGCAAAAGAAGGUCAAGAAAAUCCAGGAUGAGAUCACCUACUUGCGAUCCCAGCAGAAGAUUUCGCAGGAUGACAGCCAUGCCCUGCUGAGAAGGCUGGAGGAGGAGCUGAAGAGGACCACAGAAGAGGCUGACAGGUUUGAGUUCAGCUGCGAGGAGAUCAACAAUACUCUGGACAGGCUCAAGGAUGCUGUGAAGACAUUGCUCAAAAACAUUGACUGUGAUGCUACCAAGAUCAUGGAGCAGCUUGGGGAUAAGGGCAGGGUCACUGAUACCAACCUUUUUCAGUACUUGGCCAUCAUUGAAAAGAAAACCCAUGAGCUCCUCAUGCGAGAGUCAUAUAAGAGACUCCUGGACAUAAAAAGGUCAGAUGCUGAGAUGCUACAGCCUUUCACCAACCCUUUCCGGGUUGGCUCUGCCCUCUUCAAGCCAUCUGAAUUCAGCAAAGUCAUCCCUCCUGUGUUUGGGUUUGACCCCUUGGACAAGUUGGAGGAUGUGGAUCAGCCCUUGGAUCACAACAGCCUACGGCAGCUGGUUCUCAAUACUCUCAACAUCUGGGACCCUGGAAACCAGGAGGGGUUCCCAGAUGGCUCGCUCAAGAAGGCGGACUCAGAGUCCAGAAAGUAA